AUGAAACGAGAGGAAACGCUUACAUUCAGGAUGGACGACAAGGCAGGAUCAAGGAUCAUCGGCGCCGGCGUUGGGGUUUCAGCGGCAGCUCCGAUCAAAACCAUCCACGAAUUAGCGAAAGAUGGAGAAAGGCAUUUAGAAGACACAAUUGAAUCAGCAUCCCAGAUUCUCUCCGCCAUGAACCACGAGCUCUGUAAACCUAAUGUAUGGUCAGUCAAUCCGAAUUCAACUGCUUCGACUUUAGAUAGUCCGGACAACGGGCACCAAUUUUCCCACGGCGACGGCAUUUCAUCGGGAUCUUCUUCGCCAUUGCAUCCCUUUGAUGACGCCGAUGGGGCCCUAGAGGAGGCUCGAUUCCGUUACAAAACGUCCGUGGCUGCUCUGCGUUCAGUCCUCUCUGCUAUUUCUAAUUCUGAACAGGUUUUGCCUACUGGAUCCGGUUCUCCCGAUGACCAACCUGAAAUCGAGAAUCUGGAAGAACAAGCCUUGGCCUUAAGAAAGAGGCUUGCUGACAGAAACAAAUACCUCAAAAUUCUUAUUGAUCAGCUAAGAGAUCAAAUCAGUGACAUAUCUACAUGGCAAAGUCCUUGUUCUCUGUGA